UAUGCUUCACUGAGCCAGAGCAACCGAAGCAGGUGGAAGCACAGCAAACAGAGCCUCCGAAGCAGUCGCAGAUGCAGUCGCAGAUGCAGACGCGGAUGCAGAUACGGACACAGAUACAGCAGUCCAGCAGAUUGCCACAGUAUCUGCGCAAGUGCCUGAAACCCCAGAAUGGCCAGGAUAGUAUUCAUGCUAGCUUUGCCCAACUGCUGAGUGAGCUCAACAAGGCAGACGCUCCCUACGCCCUCAGCCUUGCCAACAGGCUGUAUGGGGAGCAGUCCUACCUGUUUGUUCAGGAAUUCUUAGCAGAAACCAGAAAGCACUACAACACUGAGCUGGCGUCUGUGGACUUCAAAACCAGCGCAGAGGCGGUCAGGGUCGAUAUCAACAGCUGGGUGGAGAAGCAGACACAAGGUAAAAUCAAGGACGUGCUGGUCCAGGGUGUGGUGGACAACACAACCAGGCUGGUACUGGUCAAUGCCAUCUACUUCAAAGGCAACUGGGACAAACAGUUCAAGGAGGAUUUUACUGUUGAUGCUCAGUUUAGAAUAAACAAGAAUGAAACUAAGCCGGUGAAGAUUAUGUGCCAGACAAGUGAUUUCGCUAUCACCUCCAUUCCUGAGGCCAACUUCCAGAUCCUAGAGAUGCCCUAUAAAGGAAAGGACCUCAGCAUGCUCGUCUUCCUGCCCAAUGAGAUAGAGGAUGACACCACGGGCUUGGAGAAGCUGGAGAGGGAGCUGACCUACGAGAAAUUUGUGGAGUGGACUCAUCCAGACAAGAUGGGUCAAACUGAGGUUGAGGUGAGGCUGCCUCGAUUCAAGAUGGAGGACAAGUAUGACUUAAAAGACGUCCUGACCAGCAUGGGCAUGGUGGAUGCUUUUGAUGUCACAAUGAGAGACUUAUCUGGCAUGUCUCCCGCCAAUGAUCUGGUAUUGUCAAAAGUUGUCCACAAGGCUUUCGUGGAGGUCAAUGAGGAGGGAACUGAGGCUGCAGCUGCCACUGCUGCUGUCAUAACGCCUUGUGCUAUAAUGAUUCCUACCUCCUUCAUCGCAGACCACCCCUUCCUCUUCUUCAUCAGACAUAACUCCACCAUGAGUGUUCUCUUUGCUGGCCGAUACUGCUGCCCUGAGUAAAUGCUGUAUGUCCUAUAGACAUGGAUGGAUUGUGAGACAACAAAAGGCACACCGCCCCUCCUUAAUAAGCCUACAGAUUCAAAGAGACAUCUUUCUGGUUGUUUGUGUCUCUUUUUGGUCAUUUGAUGUCUCUUUUUGGUCUCUUUGUUCAUCCAUUCAUCUGUCAAGUGUUGCAAUUGUUUCCUACAGUCUGUUAUUCGAGGUUUGUGUUAAACCUCAAAUUUGAUCAUGUCAUAAAACAAACAUAUAAAUGAAUAAAAAUAGUCUUUUCCUGUAAUUAAGCCUAUAAUAUAUUGUGGCCAUCUAAAUGUCUUACAAUUUGAGGUGUUCUCCUCUUUAUCCAGAGACAAUAUGUAAAUCUGACAUCUGUCUGAUAAACUGAGUAAACCAAAGAGAAUAUUAUAAUAGAAGCAGAUUGCCUUGUAUGACACUGUAUGUCACGUUUAAACACUGAAUUAUAAUACCUAUUUUAUUUUUUACAGUAAAUCAAUUUACUAAACUGUAACAUUUAGCAUAUGCACAUACUGAAGCUGAAGUAAAGAAAGGAGAGUUUACAUUAGGAUUUUACUGCUGCCAUGGAAUGCAGACCAAGGCAGUUUCCUUUACCUUAACAAACAGAAUCAAGAGUAGCUAUGAAUCAAUGUGUGUAGUAUUUUUUUCCCUUUAAUAAAUCCUUGUUUUACGAAUGUAACCAGCAGUUUAAAUAUAUGCGUCCACUUCAUGCAUUUCACCAAUGCAAUAAAUUAGUUUGUCAAGACCAGUGCUGCUUUUCAAAUAGCAUACUUUUUACUUUUACUACAUACUGCAGCUGCUUUGUCAUAACAUUGCACUUUGAACUUUGACCCUCUUGAUCAUACUCAUUCUGUGCAGAGGAUUGUGGGUUAGAAUAGCCAGAAAAGCAUGUUGGCUUGCAUACUGCAAAAUGCAACCGGGUGCAAUAGGACAUCUGUUGAGCUGUUGUAUCUACACAUCAGAUGUAGUUUACUAAAUGAGUAUGUUGAAAGAAGAGGUUGUCAGCUAAUGAAUCCAAAGUAUGUAUCCUAAUGCCUGGAUAAUGGAAUAAAGGGGAUUAGUUUGAAAA